AUGAAUGUUUCCUUACGUUCAAUUAGUAAAGAUGAUAAUGAACAAUUUAAAAAAAAAUCAACAUUGAAUCGAUUUUUAUCAUUUAAUGAAAAUACAUUAUUAUCUGUUGAAAAUCAUCAUUAUUUAAAUACAGAAUCGAUAAUAAAAGAAGCUAAUAAUAAUAAUAAUCUAAACAAAAAUCAUUCGAUAUCAUUUUCUUAUAUAUGUAAACAAUGUUUAAAAAUUUUUGUUUGUGAUUACGGACUUAAUUAUCAUAUAAAUAUGUCUCAUCCAAAUCAAUCCAUAAUAUGUUCUGAUUGUAAUAUAAAAUUUCGUACACAUCGUGCACUUAAAAAUCAUCAACAACGUUUACAUUUAAUUUAUUCUCAAGAGAAUUUACCUGAUUAUAGUUAUAUAUCAUCAUAUUUAGUUAUUGCUUUUUCAACAAAACAAUUUCCAUUUAUAGCUAAAAAUGCAUGUGAACAUAAACGUUUACCAUUAGGUAAUUUUUCAUCAAAAUUAUUUCAAUGUCAACAAUGUUUAUUAUCAUUUCCAUGUUCAAAAACCUUAAAAUAUCAUUUAUUAAAUAAACAUGAACAAUAUGAAUAUAAAAUAUGUCAAAAUAUUCUUUAUGAUAUUAUUUUACAAGUUGAACAAAAUUUAACUAUAAAUAAUGAUAAUAAUAAUAAUAAUGAUAUUGAAUCAAUUAAAUUUUUAUUAUCAAAACAAGCAUCAUAUUUUGGACUUAUUGAUAAACAAUUAGCAAAAAAAAUUCAUCAUAUAAAACAAGAACAAUAUCGACAUAUAUUUCCUACAUGUCAACAUCAAAAUAGAACAUGUGCUAAUUUAUGUUUAAAUUAUCUUUCAUCAUAUAAUAAACUUAUACAAAAUUAUUCAUAUAAAAUAACAAAUGUACCAAAAGGAAAUCCAUUUAUACAAGGUUCUAUUUUAUCAAAAUCAUUAAAUAAAUCAUCAAUAAAUAGUUCAAUAAUAUCUAAAGAAUGUUCAAAUACUAAUCAAAAACGUUUAUCUUUAAAACGAGUUAAAUCAUCAUGUUCGGAUGAUUUAUCGUCAGUACAAUUGAAAAAAAAAUUUCUGCCAACUAUUGUACAACAAUUUAAAACAAAUGAAACAAAACUUAUUUCUAGUGAACAAUCUUCAUCUAUUGUAGUCUCACUGAAAAAAACCGUAACUAAAAAUAAUCCUACUUAUGUACGUUCGCUCUCUUCUAUGUCGAGUAAUUCAUCAACAUCAACUCGAACAUCCUCAAAAAUUUCAAGACAACAACAAUCUACAACAUCAUUAAAACGUAGUAUAUCACCAACUAUUACUCUAGCAGUUGAACGUUCAGCAGAAAAACGUCGUCGACAACGUGAACAACGGAAAGCAAGAGUUUCACCAUCAUCUAGUGUUGUUAUUAUUAAAACUAAUGAUGAUAUUGAACAAGAAAAUGAUGAUGACGAUGAAGAUGAUAAUAAUAAUAAUGUUGUUUCUAGAAAAAGUGAACAAUCAAAACAACAACGUCGAAGUAGACAACGACAAGCAUCAAAUAGUUCAGUUGAAUAUGUACAAAUAUUAAAUCAUGAUCAACAAUCAAUAUCAUCAUUAAAUAAUAUUGAAAAUUUAAAAGUUAAAUCAAAAACAGAUGAUGAAGAAAUUAUUAUAUGUCAUUCACCACCGUCAAUUAAACAAAUAAUUCCAUCAUCGAAUAAAAAUCAAUCAGAAAAAUCUGUUAAUGAUAAUGGUAUAUACAAAACUAAUAGUCAUCAGACACCUGAUUAUGAUGAAAAUGUUCGUGUUCGUUGUAAAGUUUGUGGUGAAAUACUUCAAGGACGAAGCCGUUUUUCACAACAUGUAUUAACAAUGCAUUCACAUCUUGUAAAAAAUAAUAUAGCCAAUAUAAAACAACAGCCGACUACGGUAGUUCGAUGA